CAUGCUACUAGCAGCUAGCUUUAACUCCAACAUUAACGACCUGUCAAACCACUCCCGAGUGACUCAUGCUGGUACUCUAAUCUCGAUAAGGGGAAUCAGUUAACGUUACGUGCUCACCAGAGGAUAUCGAGGUUAGCUCGCAGUUGAAACUACUGGUCGAUGUUUUCUCAUGGAGGACUUGUACUGAUAGUAGCUAAGAGGAUAUACGAGUGGGCAAGGACAGAUCAGAGGAGGUACACCCUCAGUUUCUUCGCCAUGGGGAACUCCUGCAGUAAUCAUCUAGGGAUCCCUCCAGCCAAGGGCCCCUACCCUGUGGGAUGUACUGACUUCAUGAUGGACCACACUGCACAGGGCAGCUUCUUCCGGCUUUACUACCCUUGUCAGGAGACUGAAAAAGCAGAAAAACCAGACUGGGUCCCUUGCAGGGAAUAUUUUAACGGUCUGGCAGACUUCAUGAAAAUCAACAGGGCUCUCAGUGAACGGAUCUUCAACUACCUCUUUGGGUCCUUUAAGAUUCCAGCCUACUUGGACGCUCCAUUUAAAUCAAAUGCAAAAUGUCCUGUGGUUAUCUUCUCCCAUGGCCUGGGAGCCUUUAGGACUCUGUAUUCAGCUGUAUGUGCAGAGUUGGCCUCUCAGGGCUUCAUUGUGGCGUCCGUGGAACACAGGGACCAGUCAGCCUCAGCUACGUAUUAUUUUCGUGAGAAGACGGAGUCAGACAAGGAGAAUGUGCCUAAUACCUCAGCCUCAGCCCGAGACAACUUGGUCAAAGAGUGGAUGUACUACAGAUCUCUGCAUCACGGAGAGAGCGAGUUCCCCCUCAGAAAUAAACAGGUGAAACAAAGAGCAGACGAAUGCAUUCUGGCUCUGGAUAAACUCACUGAAAUCAACUCAGGGAUAACGGUGCAAAAUGUGUUGCAAACACAGUUUGACUGGACGACAUUGGAGAACUCCAUGGAUCUGUGUAGGAUAGCAGCCGUGGGGCAUUCCUUUGGGGGAGCGACAGUGAUUGAAGCUCUGUGCAAAGAGGUUAAAUUCAAGUGUGGCAUAGCGCUAGACGCCUGGAUGUUCCCUUUAGAUGACGAGAUCUUUCCUCGGGUGAAGCAGCCCAUCUUCUUCAUCAACUCAGAGAAGUUCCAGUGGGCGGGGAACAUCAGCCGCAUGAGGAAGCUGGACUCAGCCCUCAUACAGAGGAAAAUGAUCACUAUCAGAGGUACAGUCCACCAGAGCUUCCCAGACUUCACCUUCCUGACAGGCAACUGGAUCGGGAAGCUGAUGAAGCUGAAGGGCGAGAUCGACCCAGAGGUCGCCAUAGACCUCUCCAACAAAGCAACACUAGCCUUCCUGCAACGACAUCUUGGUCUGGAGAAGAACUUCAAUCAGUGGGACCCGCUGAUUGAUGGGCAAGAUGACAACCUCAUCCAAGGAACUAAUGUUACUGUGCUUCAGUCUUCCAUCUGAACUGCCCCACGAAACACCUGGGACUGUCUGGCUGUCAACUGAACGAUACCACCUGGUGUAUGGGACUCAAAAUGCCAAACCAGGCCUACCUGGAAUUUCAGGAUACAAUUUUGGAGUAGAGCCCAACGAUGUAUCGGUUGGCUAAUAUUAUCAGCCUUGAUUGGCCUAUCGCAGACAUGUCCGUAUUGGAUCGGUUAAGGGGAUAUAUGUUAUCUGAUAUGUAACAAUAUGAAAGCCUGUACCUUUGAAUAGUCAUACAGAAAAGUUCUAUUUUCAUUCCAGCUUAAGAAAUUCACUGCAUUGGCCGCCAUAUGGUUAAUUAGUGCAUUUUCCCCCUCUAAAAUCGAUAUCGUCGGGCUCUAUUUGGUAUUAGUAACAGAUAGAAAGGAUAAUCUCUACCUCACCUGCAGGAAAGAUUUGUUUUUCUCAGCGGACCAGUGUUUGUUUCACGAGGCCUGAAUGUUGCAUACAAGCAGCUGAACACUUCCUCUUUUCACUGUUCUGCACUAUUACCAGCAAUUUCUUAGAGAAAUUCUUUUAAUCAUUUUCAUCUUUGAGUGUCGAUAAAGCCAACUGAGAUAAUGUUAUUUCACACAAAUACUGUACGUCUCUUUGGAUAAAUGACUUUCCAGCAGAGGCGAAUGACACUAUGAUUGCAGUGUGAUUUCGUGACGAGGCCUUUAAUGAGAAUGGUAUCCAACCAAUGGGCUAGGGAUGGGUACUGAAGAUUUGUAUGAUUUCAGAGUAAUUAUUAGCAAAGAUAGCAAAGUAAUGUAACCAUCCUGAUUCAACCGAGGACAGCUAGAUAAGCAAGUCAACAUCAUUGACACAAUACAAACACUAAAGAGUUCAAAGUUAUCAUGUGCCAUAACUCACAGUACUGCUUAUGUAACAGCCUUCUACUUAUACAUUUGCUGUCUGAUAUAUCUGCAAUUUAUACAGACACAAAUCCAAUAAAUCUGGUUUGUAUACAAA